AUGGACGAAGAUAAGCAAUUCAUUAUUUCGGUUGAUUCUAGUACUGGCGUCGAUAAAGAUAACAUUGAGAUUUAUGGUUCUUAUAAAAAUAAUUAUGUUUCCCCACAUAACGGACAUGGAAUAGAUCGUAUUGGGCAGUGCCGACUUAAUUUCGACAUAUCAAUUGAUCUUAAAGUUCUAAAUUUGGACGUUACUUCAUUAAUUGGGGUCUCUGACUGUAAAGAUAUUAUUUUGUGGAUUAAACGGGAUGAUCCUUAUGAUUUUGGUAACUACUUGACUGAAUGUACUGAAAAAAUGAUGGUUUAUAUUUAUUCAGCAAUUUCGGGUGUAAUGUUAGAAAAAUGUGCAUUUGAUUAUAAUCUUGACAUAAGUAUAUGCUUUAUUGGAUCAAAAAAUAGUGAACGUUUAUUUGUCAACGAUUAUAUAAUGAAUCCACAAAAUCUUUCUAAUAAUAUAGAUGCUAAAGACUUACUUAAGGUUACAUUUGAGGAUAAUGAACCAACGCUAAUCAAAAAUGUUAUUAUAUCUGAUUACAUUAUCGGUAUUUAUUAUGAUCAUGUAAUUAUUAAAAAUCUCAUUCAUCAUAAAAGAUGGACUGACUACGUACAUUAUGACAAAAUUGAUAUUUACUCCUGUGGUAAUGAAAUUAGGCAAAAAAUACAAAGUACUUUAGAAAAGUAUUUAAAAAUAUAUGAAACAAAUCUAGAAUAUUCCCAAGAUAUUUCAGUAACUGAGUCACAUAUUGGAAAGAUAUGCACUUGGAACGUAAGCCACACUACACAUGAUGACUAUGGCACUUAUAACGUAAUAUCGUUAGAAGCUAAGAAAAUUAAUCAUGAAAAUAACAAUUGGGAUAAAGUUGGAGACACGAUACAUAUAUGGACAACAAUGUCAACACGUGUGAAGAACAGUAGCUAUAAACAUUAUCUCAUGGAAUCUUGGCUUCUUAAGAGUGAGGAUUUAUUGAUAAUUUCAUCUUUCGGUAUACAAAUAUGGACCAUAAAUUCUGGAAAAGAGAUCACAUUACUUUAUUAUUGGGUUAACUUUAAAGUUAGUGACAAUUUAUUUUCUAAAACAGCCCUACAAAUCAUGAUUGAGCAAAUUACUUUUCUUAAUAAUAAUCUCGAUUUUUCUAAAGGUUUACCACCUUCACCAAGUUUUGAACAGUUUAUCGAGAAUGACAAUAAUUAUGUAUAUUUUUUUGAUUCUUCACACUUUAAAUGUUAUGAUUUGCUAGAAUAUUAUAUGAACAAUAUAUCGUUAUUAAAAAUAUAUGGAAAGGACCUUAUACGAGAAUUGGUUAAAAGUAAAAAAGGUCUUGACAUACUAGAAAAUAACACUAAUAAAAUUAUUUAUAAUGAUGAUCCUAAUAAUCCUUGGAAUCUUGUACCAAAAUACCAAUCAAUUAUAUCUGAUAGAAUUUUUGAAAAUCCAUCUCUAAUCGAAAAUCCAGAUGCAAACACAAACUUGUUUACAUCAUUAUAUACUGCACUUAUGGCAGUUUACUUCAUGUUAACAGCUUCAAUUGAUGAACUUUAUAAAUAUAUUAAAGAAAUAAAAAGUAAAAACUUUGAAGAAGCAUCUUAUUCAAACAUGUCAACAAUUCUGAAAAUUUCAAAAUUUGAAGACAUUGAAGAAAAUAUAGCCAAAAGAAUUAAUAUUAGCAAUGAGCAAAUAAAUAAAAAACUUGAUAAACUAAUGGAGUUGAUAACAAAUAUGUGA